AUGUGUCAACGCCCUGUUGGUGGUGGUGGUGGUGGUGGUGGUGGUGGUGGUGGUGGUGCUGCUGCUGCUGCUGCUGCUGCUACUGGUGCUGGUGGUGGAACCUUGACCCGUCAAAUGCUGGUUCUCUGUGCAAUUGGCACAGUUGGAAUCGCCGCCACGGGCUUUGCCCUGGGCAGGAACGAGGCGGCCCAGCAACCGCCGCCCGCACGACCACGCUUACCUUCCCAGAGAAGGCGUUCCAUAUUCCGAAACAGCCAUUCCCAUUCCGCACCUCAAGCCCGCGUCCUCGAUACAUCGUUUCCCCUCGACUCUCCGGUCCAUCCCCAAGUCCCUGGUGUGGCGCGUAGACCGGCGACCUCCUAUCACCUUCCGGUGGAUAAGCGAACGGAUGAAUCUCCGGGGAGCAGAUUGGAUGCUGCACAUCCCGAGCUCGUGGCUGUGAAUGAUAUGCCAACAGCAGCAGCACACCCAGUGACCCGUCCGCGUCGUCGAACUUUCGUGGCUCCCAUAUCAACUAGCCCUGGUGACGAGUCUCCCGUUGACCUGCCUACGGCCUCACCCUCUGGACGACCUCCUUCGUCUUGGCUGCAGCGUCUUUCAAUAAUAUCCAUAUCCCAAAACGAUAGCCCGCUGUCAGGGUCGCAGCCGGAUUCUCCGUCGUUCAAUGGUUCUGCCAGCCCUUUCUUCUCUUCUCCUUUCCGUAUGGAGCAAGGCCCUAAUAAACUUGUGAAACGAUCAACAUCUCAACGCGGCCUAGCAACUCACAACUCCUAUAUGACGUGUUCCUCUGAAUCAUCCACAGCUCCUGCUCCUCUUCUACGGCGACCAGCAACGAGCCACCAGAGACUGGCAAUCAUGAGGCAACGGUCGUCGACCGAGGGCGGCGUGCAACUGGAGCCACCAUCUUCUCCCCUUUACUCCCUGGAGCAGUCGCCACUGGAACCGAUUGAUUCCUCGACAAAUGGGACUUGGAGGCCAUACUUCCGAUCUGAGAAUCCACAUAUACCAGAGACUAGGCGGCGUUCUUCUGCAAGACAUAGGGCUCGUUCUCCUCGUCGACUUGUUCCACAUUCCAAUUCAUUCCCGACGUUACUUCUUUCCACGUCUGUAGCUCGUGAAACCCCAAGCCGUUCAUUUAGAGCUGACAGCAUUGGCGGGUGGCUGUCCAAUGACGAGCGACCCCAAUCCAGAGGUUCUAUUCAUGUUGAUAUCUCAGUUCCGGACGACCAGGUCACGCAAUCUGUUCCAAUGGUUGAGCGGAAGUCACGACAGUCAUUUUCAAACGACGAAAUGAUGACCGCAACGUCGGAAGGCUCGUGGAAACGAUCAACCGCCAAAACACAGGGACGACAUCGCAGGUUUUCCCUUUCGAAAGACCGAUUCAUGGAACCGCCUUGUCCUUCAAAUGGCCUAGCAGCUAAACUUGAAGAGCUGAAUGUAACCUCAAUACGUCUUCGAAAAAGAAGAACCAUCGCAAGUACAGAUGCUUUUAGACUUCUAUCAUCUGCUUCUCAAGCAGAAUAUAAUUACCAUCAACUUGAUACCAUAAACUCAGAAAACAACUCCCCCAAAUCUCGCCUCCGCCGCCUUCCGCGAUAUUCAGAACUUCGUGCUGCACUUUCUUCAGAACCUAUCUGCUGCGAUUUAGCUCUAGAGCCAGGAUCUAGGUCAUCUUCUGGGGGCCAGUCAUCUAUCCCUUCCGGCAACAUAUUCUUUCCCUCUUCCGGCCAUCCCAAAACCCAAAGGUUUUCUGCGGCAACUUCCGGCCCUGCCUCAACUUUGGUCGGCUCAGAUAAUGACACGAGAAUAUUUAGUUCAGGGGAUGAAUAUGAAACUGACUUCCAAAGCGAUACAGCCUUUGACUCGUUCCCUACCCGCGUGGGACUGGGUGGCCCACCGACUCAGCGUGGCCCACGCAUCGAAACGAUAUUUGAUCAUCCAUCCCAGUUGGAACUUGCUGACAAAAAGCUCAAGGUCCUUGAAAACGUAACGUCCGAAGUGGCUUCUGAACAGUUAAGUAUAACCGGUGGUGAUGAUGCUUUCAUUAUCCAUGAAAAUGACCUAUCAUCAUCUGCUACUCGACUUCACAUCUUACCAUCCGACCCCGAUCACGAAUCUAAACAGCAGCUUGAAUCAUUAACGCCAGCUGUAACAGAUUCUGGAAAUUUAAAUGAUAGUGUUAUUGAAUGGAAUAGCUUAGAUGAUAUAGAACCUAUGGAGGACGGGGAUUGCCAGUUGUUUUCAUUUCAUGAGCCUUGUCCUGGGCCCCACGCCAGCCAAUGUUUAUCGGUGGUCCGGUCAAACAUAAAUCGACCUCAUUCAUCCAUAACCCUUGGCGAAACUUGCGGUAGAGAGGCGCGAAUCUCACUUUUCGACUGGGCAGAGAAACAAUCCAAUGACAAGGACGUUCAGGGCUCGGAGUCUAGACCCAAAACGGCUGUUUUCAGCAAGCAUGUUCCUGACACUCGCGGAGGCCGCACUGUGAUGCGUCGCGUUGGUAGCGCCGUUCACCUUAGAAGCCAAAGCGUUCCCAUUUCCCGCGAGCCUUCACUCUCCAAGAAAGCCCAACAAUACACGAGUCCGAAGUUCGGUACGUGGGGUUUGGGGAAUAAGGGUGUCAGCGAGGAUUGGGAUGGUGACUUCGAGUUUGACGAUUCAGAUAAACAAGAUGAGUCGAAAGGGAACGAUGCGGAUCUAAACCUAAUGCCUCCCAAUCAAUGCAUGAAGGUACCUAAGGCCAUCAUGGAACGUCAAGCUAGUGUUCAUGGGCAGUUUGGGCAUGUUCAAGAAUUAACAUUACUAGUGGAGGAACUAAAACGACUUCGCAUCAGUGCCCGCGCGUUGGGCAUACUCGAUGGCCCCUCCAGUGAGCUGUGGAAGGAAGCUAAGGGUAUCAUCAACCUUGCGACUUUGGAAGAUGACGAAGAAGAUGAAGGAGACUUUGACACUCAACAUUCAGUGCCAGUGUCUCCAAAUUUUAGUAAUAAAGAUUCGGACGAUGAUUUCUUUUCCAGCGGACAGACAAACAGCCCCGACAACGACGGCAACAAUAAUACUCGUCCCUCGCCUCUUUCGGAGAGAAUAAACUCAACACCUGCCCUAGCCCCUCAGCUCCGUCCAAGGACGGACUCCUCCGUGAAAGCGAAAUUCGUCCUCGACACGAUUCACCAACAGCGCGGUCUCCAGGACCCCGCGUAUCUUGAAGCCAGUGCAAACCCGCAUCAAAAGCUACCAUUCGAUACCCAGUCACUGCGUGACCUUGUUGUUCGAGCUGGAGUUGUUACGAGGGCACUUAAGGAUGUCGUUCGAAAGGCGGAGGGAGUCUGCACGGGUUCUGAAACCGACUUUGGUCCCCAGGAUCCUCCGUUUAGCCACAUGUUUACACGCCCAUUAAGUGGCACUGAGGCUUCUUUUCUUCCGGAUCUGGCCCUGUCCAAAGAUGCCAAUGGAUAUCGGGGUAAUGCUACUGGCACUGCUCCGAAUGAGAAUGAUGGCUGUGAACGUAUGACACUGAUGACCGUUGUAUGA